AUGUGCUUCCGCAGACCCCUCUGUACGCCGCCUCAUGGCUUCGAUAGGGCAGUCCAAUUAUAUCCCACCGACCAGACUCAAACCCCAUUAGCCAAGCAGUGGAUAGGGACUCACUUUGGAAAUACACCAUCUCGGCCCGAACUCCUCGGACUUAAGGAAUCCUUUUGUCCUCUCGCUGUUCCAGCCCCAUUAUCAUCUUCUGCUACUACUUGCCCCAAUCUCAUCACUACCUUAGAUUCUCAUUCUGUUUCAUUGUCUUCAUCUUCGCCUAUCUCUCAUAAUCUGGUACUCCUGGAUCCAAUAAAUUCUCACUUUCCGCGAGAUGAGCCAGAAUCUUUUGCCUAUCCUAAAUUCGAUGGACAGUUAACUACUACACACGAUAGUGAGCCAACAAGCAAACCGGAUGAUUGGAGCCCAAUAGACAAGCCAGGAACCUGGUCCUAUCUGUCUGGCAGGAGUUUCAAGAAAAUAGACAUUUUGAAUGAACCAUGUCUGGAUAAGUUGCAUCAAAAGGAUUCUGUUUUCAACUUUUAUACUUGCAGGCUACGCCGUAAAACAUCAAAAAUGACCUGCAAUGCUCUUUUGCAGCCUGAUUCUGCUGUAGUUCAUCAUCAUUGUCUUCAAUCACUCUUACACCGACAUAAUUCUCAAGUUUCUGAAAAAGACAAUGUUUUGGGCCUUCAUUCUUCCUCUGAUCAGAUCAAAUCCAGUGUUUCUAUAUAUGCCACCAGACAUUUGUCAAAGGCUUGGCUGGGCCUUCGUCCGGUACAGCUUCCGCUACAGUCCUCUACUUCGGAUGGCCUACGCACCAAAGCUGUCUCCCCCACAAAUCUCUCUUUUGCCGCCAAGCGUCUUCUUUUCGAGGCUGCACCUAAGGAAUGA